CAGUGCCUUCACAUAACCGUUGUAAGGAUUCCCUUACGAAAUCUAUGAUAUAACUUUCUUCAGAAAGAAAAACAGAUCGUUUAUCCGGAGACACAUUUACGUCUACAGUUCCUAAACACAUAUUAAAAACACACUCAUAUUGAGACUUGUGCGUACCUUCAGUCAACGUUAGGUUAAUAGCAAAAAAAGGGGCUUGAGACAAACUGUAAAUUUUAAAAGUUUCUUGGAUUGUUUUCACUAGUUUUGGCAAAUGGAUGGGUCGCCCAUUGAUAAAUAGCAUUUGUUUAUCGGAAGACAAACGAACUGAACCGACAUGUGGUCUCGAGAUAUAUCCAUCUAUGAAACCAUCUUUCCAUCUAAUUAAAUUCGUUGAUAUUUUCGUACCGAAUAUAUUCAUUAUAUUCAUUUUCAUAUCCGAGUUCAUAUUUGUUGAAAGUUGAACAACUUUUCCAGAGCCCUUUGUUUGAUGGAAUAUUAUAAAUUUCUUUUCUGUGGAGAUAACAGCAUACGCUUGAAGUAAAGAAAUUGACUUGGAAAAAUCGCGCCGACAAUUCCGCUCAAACACUUUCCUCCUCACAGGUAAAGUGGAAAAAAGAUCAUUAAUAGAAACCAUUGUUCCUUUCUAUUUUAAGUUAAUAAGAAUUUUCAUUGGAGAAAAGCCUCAUACUUGUGAAGCAACUGUAGAUUUACUGAUCACAGUCCCUUCAUGAUCAAGUUUUAGUUGGAACCCUUUUGGUGCUUCUGAGGAAGUUGCAGUUGUAAUUGUCACAUUAGAAACAGAACAGAGACUGCUUAGUGCUUCUCCACGAAAUCCGAAUGUUUGCAGAGUAUCUAAAUCCCUGAAUGCUUCAAUUUUUGACGUAUAGUGUUUCUUUCCUGGAGGAAAAUAAUUAGACUAUAAAACAUUCCCCUUGAUUGUAAUUCAUACCGAUGGAAUCUUGGUCUUCGAUUGAAAUCCCGGAACCGUUGUCCAAAACCUCUAUACUAUCAAGACCAUAAUUUUUAAAGCGAACCUCUAGGCGACAAAGUAAGAAUAGGAAAUGAAGAAAAAAGGUCUUACCGAUUGUUGUAGCGCCGGAAUCAAGAGAAUUUUCAACCAGUUCUUUCACUGCUGAUGCUAAAUCCGUGAUUACUUGACCCGAGCAAAUCCUAUGCUACAAAAGUUAAAGCAUAUUCAUGAAAACCACAUACCACAGUCUCAUUCGUGAUAGGCCGUAUAAUUGACAUGAGGAAAGAAACCGAUGAACUCGUCUAAAAGUUCAAUCAAUGAAAGUGUUUCCCGUCACUUUACAAAAAUAAAGAGAAAAAAAAAGAAAAAAUAAGAAAAUAGGAAAACGAGAAUGAUACAACAGCCGGGUUGUAAUUAUUCUGCUCGAUAUAUAUAUAUACCGUUGUACAUACAUAAGUUCGCUUCUCUUAACCAUAAGUAAGGUAUGACUUAACGAAAAUAAAGUCAUUAAACAAAAGUGAAAGAUUCAAAAUCUUGAAACUGCUUUAGAUGAUAAUCACCGAUAUCUAGCAAAAAACAUUAUCAGUUUCACUUAAUGGUCAUAAAGAACUUAUGACUUGAAGAAAGACCGUAAGUCAUUCACUAACUCGCCGUUUCCCAAUAUUUAUACUGAACGGAUUUGCUAGAGUAGGCUCAUACGUUCACUAAAAAGUUAAUCGUCGGGCAAAUUGGAAUUGACUGCUGUUAAAACAUUUAUAGUAUAAGUUUGAGGCACUAUGUAUGAAAGUCGCGAUUUAACGGGAGCUGCUGGACGAAUUGUGGACCCAAACCCUUGGCCAAACAAUAGCAAAAUUGCGGUUUCCUUUGUGGUAAACUACGAAGAGGGUGGGGAGCGUUCAUUGUUGUACGGCGACGAGGGAUUUGAAACGUUUUUAACGGAGGGUGGUUUGAUGCCUUUCCCUAAUCGUCCCGUUCGCGAGCGUUCCAUUGAGUCUUGUUUUGAGUACGGAUCACGAUGUGGCUUUUGGAGAAUACUGAACUUGUUCAAGAAGCAUCAGGUUCCCUUCACAUGCUGGGCUAUUGGCCAGGCUGUUGAGAAAAAUCCCGCGGUCGUUAGUGCUAUGGAAGAAGCUGGAUGUGAAGUAGGCUCUCAUUCUUACCGUUGGAUUAAUUAUGAAAAUGUUUCAGAGGAAGUAGAAUACGAACAUAUCAAGAAAACAAUCUUGGCUAUCCAGAACGCUUCCCCUACUAACACUCCUCCUCGUAGUUGGUACACAGGUCGUGCUAGUCUUCGUACCCGUAAAAUUGUUUGCCAAGUCUAUCGCGAGUUUGGUUUACCUCAACCUUUCGAUUCGGACGAGUACAAUGAUGACCUUCCUUACUGGGUCCCUGAUCCCUUGGCUGAAGAUAAGGGCAGUAAGGAUGACAAGGGCCUUUUAAUCGUACCUUAUACCCUUGAUGUUAAUGAUAUGAAAUUUGCUAUUUCCCCUGGGUUUUGUAAAGCGGAAGACUUUUUUACCUACUGCCGUGACGCCUUUGAUGUUCUGUAUGAAGAGGGACAGAACGGUUCUCCAAAGAUGAUGACUAUUGCCCUCCAUUGCCGAAUGAUGGGUCGUCCAGGUCGUUUUCGCGGUUUGCAAAAGUUAAUGGAGCACAUUACUUCCAAAGAAGGUGUUUGGGUUGCUACUCGAGAACAGAUUGCCAAUGCAUGGGCUGUUAAGCACCCUUAUUAAAAGGAAUGCUCUUUAAUUGAUCCUUACGCCUGGCACAAAAGCAGCCCAAUGCUAAGGUUGUAACCAAACUAAACUAUAUGGUAGUAGCAAAGACUUUCCUAGGAAGGCAGACAAUCUUUUAUUAAGAUGAUUAGAUUACAUGUGAUUUAGAUACUAGUAAAAUUCCUUUUAAAUAGUUAUGAUGCCCUUAAUGAGACUGAACUUGGAAUAACUUGAAGUACUUCAAUAUUAUUAUUGAUUGAAUAGAA